CUGUUAGAGAACCAUGGCGGUGGAUUUGACUCCGAGAUUUAGAAGGCUGAAUAGUCAAACGAGAUGUUUUAACGAGAAGAAACUUCCUACAGUGACAGGACCGUUUAGAGCCACACAGUUGUGGCAAAACAUCAUAGAGGCCUUACAGACACAGGUAGAGGUCCGACGUCACCGGCAGAACUUGCGAGUACACAAAGAUUGCUUCACUGGCUCUGAUGCUGUCGACGUGGUUCUCAGCCACCUCAUGCAGAACAUCUAUUUCUGCACCAGUGACGUGACCCGCCUCAAAGCUGUCAGGCUUUGCCAGGCCCUCAUGGAUGCCCGGGUGUUCGAACCUGUUGGGGUGAAACUCUUUCGCAGGGAUAAAGAGCUGGUCUUUGAGGACUCUGGCUGCAGUCUUUACCGCUUUCUGGAUUCUGACGCUGUUCCAGGAUCAGCUAAGCGCAGCUGUGAUAUGGAGAAUGAAACACCUGUGAAAGAAGAUGGGAAGAAGAAGAAGAGCUCCAGGUUUGAUGAUUUGAAGACCAUCUCCAACCCCUUGGCACUGGGGUCCUCAGACAGAAGGGUGGAGAGAAUACUGAAAACCAUUAACCUCCAGCCAUCAAUGCCUUCUGGCCUGAAUCGGGUCGGUUUAUCUACUACCUACCUCUCAAAGCAAGUGGUACAGGAAGUCUGGAAACAACAAACCCUCCUCCAGCUGUUGCAGCUUGUGGAGGUGCCUGUGUUAGACAGCAUCCUGACAUCACCCUCAAAACCCGCUCCUCUUCGCAUGCGUUUGCUGAGGAACCAUGAUCUGGUCAUCUCUAACACCUGUGUGGACCGGGAAGUGUCCCAGGUCCUCAACCUGCCAGAACUGGACUCGUGGCUGAUGGCGGCUGCAGACUGUCUGGAGCUGUUUCCAGAUGAGGUGAUAGUAGCGACAGGAGAGCAGCUGUUUCAGGUCCACGCUGUGGAAAGUGAUGAGAGGCUGGGAGCCUACAAGAAACUAUUAUUUGAUGCCAUAGCCAAGUACUACAACAGUCAGGAGAGAGUUCCCCUGCUGGCUGGACGUUACAUGGACAUCCAUUCAGGCAUCCUGAAACUACAAGACUCAGGUAGGACUGACGACGCUCUCAAGGCGUCUCAGCUGUGUCUACGUCUCCUGGAUGCCAGCUCCAGAGAUGAGCUGCGCCGACUCCUGACCUUCAUGGCUGAAGCUGCAGACCCCAAGGCCUUCCAGCUACACAAAACAAUGGAGAACAGGGCCCUGAUCAGCAGGACGUUCAUGAAGGCUGUGCUUCAGAGUAAAGAUGCGUCUCGUACCGAGUGUGAGCAGCUCCUACUGUUUCUCAUGGACCACCAUUUACUUCUGUUCAAGACCCCGGUGUCUCUGAUCGAGGCGGUGACGAAGGCCUUGCAAACCCUGCAGCAAGGGCGGGAUCCAGAUAAUGUAGCAUUGUUCGCGUUCUGUCAGCAGAUGUCGACCCAGCAGUUUGAGGAACAACGAGAAAAGAACACCUUCGAGAGCUUGAAACAGCUCAUCGAGCAUAUUACACUCAGCAACCAUCUGUCAAUCAAACAGAGGAGGCGGCUCAUCAAGGAGUUUCAGAAGCACCACCCAGCAGUGUUUCUCCACCAUUUCUCCUCCACCUUCUAGAGCAUUGUUUCUCCAAGGAAGGCUCUUGUCUUUUACUAGGUGGAAACAUAGCCAUAAGUUGCUUAUGCUUUAAACAAAAACAAAUAUGUUUUAGUACACAAACCUAAUUUAGUAGUAAAACACAACAGUUGAUCUACAAAAGCUAAUCUGCCCUAUAUGCACUCACCAGAUAUCAAAUGAUUGAGGAAAUAUGAUCCUAAAUGGUGCAAAAAAUAUUUUUAGAUGCUAGAUGUUCUGUAGAAACCGACUCCUGCGGUUAUUUCUUCUCAGAUGAAAUUGCAGUUAUUCAGUUGUUUAGAUGUUUUUCCAGUACACUAUGAUUAUUUGUUGUUUAUUUGUUCAUCACUGAUUUUGUUUGUCUUUUUUGUUGCAAAAAUUCCACAGCUGAGAAUGACUUGAACAGAUGUACAUUUACACACCGAUCAGGCAUAACAUUAUGAGCAGUGAGAGGUGAAAUGAAUAACAGUGAUUAUCUCCUCAUCAUGGCACCUGUUAGUGGGUGGGAUAUAUUCGGCAGCAAGUCAACAUUUUGUCCUCAAAGUUGAUGUGUUAGAAGCAGGAAAAAUGGACAAGCGUAAGGAUUUGAGCGAGUUUGACAAGGGACAAAUUGUGAUGGCUAGACCACUGGAUCAGAGCUUCUCCAAAACUGCAGCUCUUGUGGGGUGUUCCUGGUCUGCAGUGGUCAGUAUCUAUCAAAAGCAUCCUUUAAGUCUUGUAAGUAUCCUUUAGAGGACGUAAAGGAUCUGCUGCUAACAUUUUGGUGCCAGAUACCACAACACACCUUCAGGAAUCUAGCGGAGUCCAUGCCUCGAUGGGUCAGGGCUGUUUUGGCAGGGAAAGGGGGACCAACACAGGUGGUCAUAAUGUUAUGGCAUGAUCUGUGUAUAUACAAAUAGUCAGGAAUGUGCUCAAUGAAACAACUAUUUUUUAAGGUUUCAUUAAACACUAAUAGUAGUACAUUCACUGGACAGUAAGUGUAGAAAUGUGAUUUUAUGCCUUUUGUUCAAUUAAUUUGUUUUCUAAUGUAGAAAAUGAUCUUCGUUGUGAUUUAUAGUACUUAAUUUAUUUGAAUGGUUUAAGACACUAAUGCUUACAUUUCAGCUGUAGAAGAAAGUGAGCUUUUAUACUACACAUGCUUUUGAUUAACAGUGAUUUGUAGGGUUUGUGAAUAUUUGAUUUGGUUAUAUAGGGGUGCGAAAAUUGUAGGAGAAUAUAAUCCGAGCUCGUAUAGGUAGUGCAGUAAUAAUAAGGGUGUGUGUGAUGGACAAGUGUUUUUGGCCAUGUAGUGUAGAAGCACUUUCAAUUUCUGGUAUGUUUUUGAAAUAUCGCCAGGAUUCAUUUUGAGAGUUUGCCUGUGUAAUUUUCUUUUAAAUUUAUUUUUAUUUUUAAUUUAAUUUUUUUUUUGAUGCUGCAACAGUGUCAUUACAUGGUU